UGUUCACGGAAGGGCAUAGUUGGAGGACGUAGGUCACUGGGGAUUGUGACUUUGAAGAGUAUAUCUUGUCCCUGGUUCCUUCCUCUCUGUGUCUGAUUCCUGGCUGUCAUGAGAUUGUCUCUCUCUGUAACUCAAGCUAUCCUUAACCUUGAAUCAAUUCUCCGGCCUGAGCCUUCAUGUGUUGGAAUUACUGUCAUGAGCCACCAUACUCGGGUUGUAAAUGUCUUUUUUAAGCAGGUAGGGAGGCAGGCAGAGCAGGGUACUGGCAGGCUAGACCAAACAGGUGGUAGUCAGAGUCCCACUGGGAAGACAAAGUCCCCACAGCAGGAUGUCAGCCUGGAAGUAGUGGCAGAGCCUCUGAAGGUGAGCAUCGUGGGCUCAGGGAGCUGGGCAUCAGCUGUUUCAAAAAUCAUUGGGAACAAUGUGAAGACCGUGAAGAAAUUCGCUUCCCCAGUCAAGAUGUGGGUGUUUGAAGAAAUGGUCAAUGGGAGGAAGCUGACAGACAUCAUCAACAGUGACCAUGAAAACAUAAAAUACCUGCCUGGACACAGGCUGCCUACGAAUGUGAUGGCCACCCCAAGUCUCAGCCAGGCUGUGCAGGAUGCAGAUCUGCUGGUGUUUGCUUUCCCACACCAGUUCAUUCGAACCAUCUGUGAUGAGAUUGCUGAAGUAGUGCCCAGAAAGGCCCGGGGCCUCACCCUCAUCAAGGGCAUAGAUGAGGGCCCCGAGGGUCUGAAACUUAUCUCUGACAUCAUCCGAGAGAAGUUGAACAUAGACAUCAGCGUGCUGAUGGGGGCCAACUUAGCCAAGGAGGUGGCCGCAGAGCAGUUCUGUGAGACCACCAUUGGCAGCAAGGUGCUGCAGAAUGGCCUUCUCUUCAAAGAGCUAUUUCAGACCCCCAACUUCCAAGUCACUGUGGUAGAAGAUUCAGACACAGUGGAGCUGUGCGGGGCUCUAAAGAACAUUGUCGCCAUGGGGGCUGGCUUCUGUGACAGCCUUGGCAGUGGAGACAACACCAAGGCUACUGUCAUCCGCUUGGGCCUCAUGGAGAUGAUUGCUUUUGCCAAGACUUUCUGCAAGGGUCAGGUGUCCACAGCCACUUUCCUGGAGAGCUGUGGGGUGGCUGACCUCAUCAGUACCUGCUAUGGGGGGCGGAACCGAAAGGUAGCCGAAGCCCUCGCCAAGACAGGGAAAAGUGUUGAGGAGUUGGAGAAGGAGAUGCUGAAGGGACAGAAGCUGCAAGGGCCACACACCUCUGCCCAGGUGUACCGCAUCCUCAAGCAGAAUGGGCUGUUGGACAAGUUUCCGUUGUUCACAGUUGUGUAUCAAAUCUGUCACGAGGGCAGACCAGCUGCAGAGCUGAUUCCCUGUUUACAGAACCACCCAGAGCACAGGUGAAGGGAGCUGGGGCAGGGGGAGCUGCACCCAUCUCAGGAACACAUGGAAAUUAGGACCUGACAGGGAGACGGUGCCUGGCUACACAACAAAGCAAAGGAAAAAAAAAUACAGCUUGGUAGUUGAAUCGGGAUC